UCCGUCUGCAAGCAAACACUCCUCACGCACCCGGAAUGAGAUCAUGGACGUGUUUAAUGUUUAACAAAACGAUUUUCAGCGCAUUUAUCCAUCGAGCGGACAAGUGAAUACAUGACAGAUGUUACGCGUCCUCUGAUCUUCACUGUUAGAUCAGCGCCCAGGGCUCAACCGCCGUGACAUCAUCAUGGAGGGUCAAUACGUGGCCAUUCACGGGCUCAACGUCACCCACAGCCCUCCUGCAGCACCUGCGAUGUCCAUCGGCAACCUCUUCCCGGCCCUGCUGGAAUGCUUCGGCAUCAUCCUGUGCGGCUAUGUGGCGGGUCGCUGUGACAUCAUCGGCGCGGGACAGGUCAAAGGGCUGGGCAGCUUCGUGUCAUGCUUUGCCCUCCCCGCCCUGCUCUUCAAGAACAUGGUGCAGCUGCGCAUCGAGCACGUCGUCUGGUCGUUCCUCUGGAGCAUCUUGAUGGCAAAAGUGUGCGUGUUCACGCUGGUGUGUGCGCUGACGCUGUUGGUGGCGAGCCCCGAGAGCAAAUUCAGUAAAGCCGGGCUCUUCGCCAUCUUUGCCACUCAGAGCAAUGACUUUGCACUGGGACAUCCAAUAGUGGAUGCUCUGUACAGGAGCUCACACCCGGAGUAUGUGCAGUAUAUAUAUCUGGUGGCGCCCGUGUCUCUGAUGUUGCUGAACCCCGUGGGCUUUGCUCUGUGUGAGAUCCAGCGAUGGAGACAAACCACCGACGGCAACUACAGCAAACUGCGCGUGAUGUUCACUGUCACACUGCAGAUUUUGAAGAACCCAAUAGUCUUCAUGGUUAUUGUAGGAAUUCUCUUCCAUUUCCUCUUUGGUGGCCGCGUCCCGGUUUUGCUCGCCGAGUUCGUCGACGGACUUGCGAACUCUUUCGGAGGGGCGGCGCUGUUUUAUCUAGGACUGAACAUGGUGGGACAGAUGCGGAAGCUGACGCGCUCCGCCGGGGUUUCCCUCAUCCUGCUUAUCACUGCCAAACUGUUAGUGAUGCCGUUGAUGUGUAAGGACAUGGUGGAGUUAUUAGAUGCUGGGAAUUCCAGCUUGGUGAAUCACUCCAGUCUGUCUGACUAUGCUUUUCUGUACGGAGUCUUCCCCACCGCUCCCAGUGUGGCCAUAUACGCUGCCCAGUACAACAUGGAGCUGGAGGUGGUGAUGUCUGGGCUGGUCAUCAGCACGUUUCUGUCAGCGCCCAUCAUGUAUGUGUCGGCGUGGUUACUGACCAUUCCCUGGAUGAAGGCCACGUCACUGGUGAAGGCGCUGCAGGACGUGAGCUUCAACAUCAGUGUUGUCAGUCUGAUAGCCCUGGUUUGGACUCUUGCUGUCAUGCUGCUGAGUAAGAAGUUUAGGAGACCGCCACAUAUGUUCACCACAAAUCUGUUCUUUGCUCAGUUUCUGGCGUGUCUGUUGAUGAUCAUGUGGAGGUUUGCGGUGAGGCAGGGCAGUGAGGCAGGGCAGAUUCUCAUCUUUACUCUUCUCUAUGGAUGUCUGUACAGUACGUACAUGUGGACAGGUCUUUUGGCGUUUUCUCUCACUUUAUUGAGGAGAAAUGAAAACAUGAAGGUGAAACCGUGGAUAUUCAUCAUGUUUGGAUGGGGUGUUCCUUUUUUAAUUGUGGGCGGGUUGCUGGUGGUAGGACAAAGAAUGAGUGACAGCAGAGACUCCGCCUUCUUUUACGGCGGCGGGCAGAUGACGUGUACCGCGCUGCUUCUGGGCUGCAGCAUCAUGUUGGCCGGUCUGUCUCUGAUGGGUUUGAGUCGAGGGGUCCGGGAGGAACAGAACUAUCAAGUUCUCAGUCAGAACUCAGCGACCAGCACAACAGAAGAUGUGAGACGCGAGUAUUCUCCUGAGCGAGAGCCGUCUCACAGCAGUCUCAACAGAGAUGUUUGUUGUAGUGAACCAAUGCCUGAUAUGAUAGCUGGACAUCUGAGCGACUCACUGGGACCUUCAGCAGGAGCUCCGCUGAGCGAGGCGUCGAGCUCUACACGCGUGCAGGAGGAGAGACAGAUCGCUCGUCAUGUGCUCCUCUGUCUGCUUCUCAUCGUCUGCAUGCUGGCGAACGUGUCCAGCUGUCUGUGGUGGUUGUUCAGUGAUGAUCCGGGUCGCCUCUAUCUGGAGCUUCAGUUCUUUUGUGCUGUAGCCAAUUAUGGACAGGGAUUAAUAUCCUUUGGGAUUUUUGGGUUGGAUGAACAUCUUAUCCUUCUUCCUUUCAAAAAGAGGCUGGCGGCUCUGUGCGGUUUGGGUCAUGAUGAAAACCCCGAGUCAUCUGCAGUGCAGGAGGAGAUUCGACUCACCUGUACACAGUUUGUGCGCUACCACAAAGAUCAGUGCGUUCAGGAUAUCGUCCGUAACAGAGGUUUCUUGCUCUCUUAUCUGUUGCUUUCACUUUCUUCUUAGCGGAUCUUCUGAAUCUCUUACGGGACCUACGGGCGAGUCUUUCCUUUGAUUGACAGGUGUACUCGCUGGUAUCCAGGCAGUCGCUUGAUUUUGUGGGUGUGGUUAAAGAUGGACAUCUUUGGCUUUGCUUUCAGAAGAAUGGUGUCUUACAACACGUGACACAUUUGUGUGCCCUGUAAUAUUACUCCAGACAGGAUUGAUAGGUCCCUGCUGUUGGUGAUGUGACCCAACCCCUGGAAUAGACUAAACAUUUUGCUGUUCUCCUUCCGAAAUGUUUUGUACUUGUUGAAUAGCUAUGCAUGGCAUGCAAAUGGCUCAGGAUUCUCUUUUUAUCUCAUACACACACACACACACAUUGAAGAGCUCUUGAAUGCUCUGAUUUCUGCUCUGGUGAUGCAGGUACAAACACAGAAAGCCUGUUGUCUAUACAAAUUUACUACUGACUGGGAUUUUAAUUGUAUUGUCUUGACAACAAGACUAAAGCCUUGUAGCAAAGCAAUGCAAGUGAUGUUUACAACAUUAAGAUACACUUUGAGAAUAGCUAAAGGGAAAUUCAGGACGAUCCUGCUGGUCAAAACAUCUCUGGUAUUAAAACGGAGCCAUUAUGAAGCACUACUGACGUUCACAUUAGUGUCAAAUUCAGCUUGUUUAUGUAACUUUGUGUUGCUGAUGUGAAUCUGUGAUGUCGUUUGUUUCUGUGACUAAGUACCUCAUAAUCUUAUUGUAUCAAGAUCAGUGAAAUCACUGGUAAAAUUUGAUUAAAGUCACUGUUUAUGCAAUAUUGUUUGUACAAUAAAGUUUAAAGUAAUGUCAUAAGAUGAGCGUAAGUGGCAACUAUAAAUUACAAUUCAGUUCUGUGGAUUUAAUUCACCAAUUGUUUCUAACACACGUAAUUUAAGAUUUCCCCCAAAACGUUCUUAGAGUUUUAGGAGGGUUAUUUUUUAUUUAUUUUAUUUAUAACGGAAUAGACAGUCAAAGUACAGUCAUACUGCAAUAAUAUGAAAGAAAAGCAUGCAUGUUAGACUAAUCAGUAUGUAAAUGUGUCACAGGGCAAUCUUAAUGGCUUUAGUAUUGUCAUAAAGUCUUGAUAUACUGUAUAUUUGAAUCUCUUUCAAGAACCAAAAACUGUAAAAACUUGCUUUUACUGUAUUCAAAUCAAGUUUUAUUUAUAAAGCACAGUUAAAACAACA